AUGACAUCCACGAUUGGCAUCCCAAUCAAGCUCCUCAACGAGGCCCAGGGCCAUAUCGUCACCCUAGAAAUCACCUCGGGCCAGACAUACCGGGGCAAGCUGAUUGAAGCGGAGGACAACAUGAACGUGCAGCUCAAGGACAUCACGGUCACCGCGCGCGACGGGCGCGUCAGCCAUCUCGAGCAGGUCUACAUCCGCGGCAGCCACGUGCGCUUCUUCAUCGUGCCUGACAUGUUGAGGAACGCGCCCAUGUUCCGUAGCCGCAACGUCCGAGGCAGGGGUGUCGGUCUGGCCAGAGGAAGAGCCACGGUCAGCAGGGCGCGGGCCGGCGGACGUGGA